AUGGCAGAGGAGAUUGACUAUGAGGCUCUGUCCCCCAAUGCUGGACUCGGCAUAAACAUGCUUGCAGGCGCCUUCGCUGGCAUCUCGGAGCAUGCCGUCAUGUACCCGGUCGAUAGCAUUAAAACACGUAUGCAAGUAUUUGCUACAUCGCCAGCGGCGGUAUACACUGGUAUUGGCAACGCUUUCACACGGAUUUCGUCGACCGAGGGAAUGAGAGCGCUAUGGCGGGGCGUAUCGUCCGUGAUAUUGGGCGCUGGACCUGCUCAUGCAGUACAAUUCGGGACACUGGAGGCGGUCAAGGAACUCGCUGGUGGGAAUGCUGCGGGAAAUCAAUGGGUGGCGACGUCACUGGCGGGUGCUUCGGCUGCCAUUACCAGCGAUGCUUUAAUGAACCCAUUCGAUGUCAUCAAGCAGCGUAUGCAGGUCCACAAGUCGGAAUUCCGGUCGGUGUUCGCCUGCGCGCGUACGGUCUUCAUGAAAGAGGGAAUAACCGCCUUCUACGUAUCGUAUCCCACGACGCUCAUGAUCACAAUCCCCUCUAACGCCGUCCAAUUCACCGUGUACGACCACCUUAAAAAAUGGAUAAAUCCGCGUGGGGAGUAUUCACCCACUACACAUAUGAUCGCUGGUGCAGUAUCAGGGGGUGUUGCUGCAGCUGUGACAACACCGCUUGACGUCGCUAAGACGAUUCUCCAGACACGGGGGACGGCGCGGGAAACCGAGCUUCGGAACGUGAGGGGGCUGGCGGAUGCCUUCCGCGUUAUAUGGCGGCGGGAUGGGAUAAAGGGAUUCGGGAGGGGACUGACACCUCGGGUGCUCACACAUAUGCCCAGCAAUGCACUAUGUUGGCUCUCUUAUGAGUUUUUCAAGGUGGCCAUCCGGGAAGCAUAA